UUUGUCUGAGAAGGUGGUAUUGGUAUUUCAGGUGCAGCUCCCUGUUCUUAUCCACCGUCAGAAUCGUCAGGUCCAAUGAAUUUUGGUAGCUCCUCAUAUGAUAACCCUGGUUUUGCUGCAAAGAUUAGCAAGGAUAGAAGCAUGGAAGUGUUUCCAACCACGCCUUCAUCUGAUCUUGCAGCUGGUAAAAGUGCAGCUGGAAAGCCAUCGGAUCAUGGGGCAGCUAGUACACUGGUUAAUGCAAAUAAGAUAAUUCAGAUGGAAAACGUAAAAGGAAAGCAUUGUCUUCAAAGUUGCAGCCAUAGUGCGAGCCCAAGGUACAUGGUCGCUUCCAGCAACGUCUCAUGUCCAUUUGCACAUGCGAGCGAUAUUGAAGUUUUGCAAUUGAACUCAUUGUAGUGACAUGGUUGAGUUUGAUCUUACUAGAUAUGAUACUAAAAAUGAAAACCAGUAAUUGUUGUAGAAUUAGGCCCCCCUGUAUGACAACCAUUAUAAUGAGAAAUUUGGGUAAAAUGUAUUCUGGAAUAGUAGUUUUCGGGAGAAUGUGUGGUUAAAAA